CCACUCCGUGUUUCCCUUUUCGCCCAUCUCUGGCUCUUUGGCACGGCUUGUUUACUGGCGGAGAAGAGACUCUGGGAAAACGGGAUCUUAGGACCUGUGCGCAUGAGAUCUACCUCUGUACCUAUCUACAACAAGAAAAAAAAGAGACAAAAACAUAUUUAAAGUGCAUUUUGGCCUGAUUUCUACCACUUGUUUCCGAUCUGAGGCAGCUUUGUGACGCGUGGACACAAGUUGGAGUUUUUUUUAUUCCCAAACAUUGCGGAGCGCAGCUGACUGACAGUCCAACGCUGGGGAAGUCUAUACAUGCUCAUUGAAAUCUCUGCAAUGACUGGACAGCCUUGAGGUGCAGCUUUGGCGUCAAAAUCUGUUAUUUCCAGACAAAACGAGUCUGUAAUUAAGUGCAUUCGUGUUUGCGUUUGGAGGACUUCAUAAGAUUUUGUGCAAAAAAAAGAGCGCAAGCCAACGCCACGCAUGCCAUAACCAUCGACUCAGCAGCAGCAGCAGCGACACAUUUUGUACAUUAUUAAGUUGAGUUUUGUCUAUGUGCCGCUUUAGAUGCAUGCAUUUUGACACUGGUGACACAAAAAGAAGAAAUCGGACUAUUUGCGUGUUGUAACAUGUGGACAAAGUUAUUUUAAAAGGGCUAAGUUGAGAGCAGAGAAAACUUUGCUCGUGGCCUGUCUUCACGUUACUGUUAGCACAAGUGCCGUUUGCUAAAGCUAGCUAUUGACAUUAGCCCGGACUGCGUCAAAAUAAGUCGCGCACGCUGUCAUUUUUUCCACAAUGGACGAAAUCAUCUUGGACACUUGAGUCGGCAGGUUGUUGUUAAAGCUUGAUUUCAUGGUACGAGAGAUAUUUCUGUAUGGGGAGCGCUUUUAACCUGCGCUAGCUUUGCAUGUUAGCGUGUGUUGUCGGACUGAACACGUUGGACUCGUUCCUCCGCCCAUUUUCCGGGAUCAUGCCUUUUAUUUAGUUUUAUUUACCGGUCAGCUGCCGCACAAAAGCCAUUUCCUAAAAGUUUAGCCUAUAUCACAGUGCACCAGCCUUUUUCCACGAGGAAUAUUUAGGAUCUGCGAAGGAAGGAGCAGCGGACCGAGGGCGCUGGCACAACCGCGUUCAGUGAUGUGGCUUCGGACUUUGUGUUUUGUUGUGGUCGCCGUCUGCAUACUGAGCUGUCACCGAGCGAACGGAGAAAUCUGUUCGAGCAAAGACAUCAGGAACAAUGUGACAAAUCUACAGGUUUUAGAGAACUGCACCAUCAUCGAAGGCCACCUAAAGAUCUUGUUGAUGUUCAGGACUAAAGCAGAGGACUUCAGAGGCGUCAGUUUCCCCAAGCUCACUGUCAUCACAGAUUACCUUCUAAUGUUUCGAGUCUACGGUUUAGAAAGCCUCAGCGACCUCUUCCCAAAUCUCACCUUAAUACGUGGAAGCAAUUUAUUCUUCAACUAUGCUCUUGUCAUUUUUGAGAUGAUCCAGCUUCGAGAGAUCGGCCUGCAUAGUCUCAUGAACAUCACGAGAGGAGCAGUGAGGAUAGAGAAGAACCCAGAUCUUUGCUACCUGUCAACGCUGGACUGGUCGAAGAUUCUGGACUCUGUGGCGGACAAUUACAUUGUGUUUAAUAAGAACGAGAGAGAGUGCGGAGAUGUCUGUCCCGGGGCGGCUGUGGGCAAGACCACCUGCCAGACCACCACCAUCAACGGGCUCUUCAACGAGAGGUGCUGGAAUCAGAAGCACUGCCAGAGAAUGUGUCCCGCUCACUGUAAGCACCGCGCCUGCACCAAAGACGGUCAGUGCUGUCACGAGCAGUGUCUGGGCGGCUGCUCUAAACCCAACUCUGUAGAGCACUGUGUGGCCUGUAGGGGGCUUCAGCACCAGGACACCUGUGUGGAGCAGUGUCCCCCAAACUACUACCUCUACCGGGGCUGGAGGUGCGUGCCCUUCUCCUUCUGCCAGGACCUCCACAACAAGUGCAAGAGAGAGAAAGAACGCAGCAAGAACAUCGACUGUCACGAGUAUGUGAUCCAUAAUGGAGCCUGCAUCCCUGAGUGUCCCUCUGGAUACACCACUGUCAACUCCUUUGCACACAACCUGAUGCAAAUGUGUUGGCAGUACAACCCCAAAAUGCGGCCCAUGUUUCAGGAGAUCAUCGAGAUGUUGCGGGAGGACCUGCAUCCCUCUUUCCAGGACGUGUCUUUCUUCUACAGCGAGGAAAACAAACCUCCAGAGACCGAGGACUUUGAUCUGGACAUGGAAAACAUGGAGAGCAUCCCCUUAGACCCUUCCUCUUAUUCCCACAGAGAGGGCCAGAGUUUGGACAGAGACGAGGCCGCUUCCAUGGGCCUUCUGGGCAGUUACGAGGAGCACCACAUGCCCUUUACGCACAUGAACGGAGGCAAGAGCAACGGACGGAUACUAGCUCUGCCCCGCUCCACCCCCUCCUAA